AUGCUCUUUUAUGUCGUUAAUUAUGUCCUUCAAUCGUGGACUUGGCUACUUCCAACCAUAAUAAUUGCAUACUUUAUCAGCAACAAGUACCGUUACGGCAUCAGUUGUUAUCCAGGACCAUGGCUAGCAGCAUAUACUGAUUGGUGGCGUUUCUUUGAUGCUGCUAACCGAAAAACUGAGAAGACAUUCCUAGAGUUGCACGAGAAGUAUGGGGAUAUUGUCAGGAUUGGACCAAAUGCACUGAGCUUCGCCGAUCCAAGGUCGAUAAAAUGCAUCUAUGGCUUAAAUAAAGGUCUCGUUAAGUCGGAAUUCUACCCUGUGCAACAAGGCGUUUCUAAAGGGCGACGUUUGCCCUCUCUUUUUUCCACAGUGGACGAGGCAUAUCAUGCUCAAUAUCGUCGAUGUGUGAACAAUGCAUUCAGCAUGAGUUCCUUGGUUUCAUAUGAGCCACUGGUGGACAGUACCUUGGUUCUCUUUUUGGACCAAACGGAAAGAAAUUUCCAGAAGACUGCCAAAGAAUGUGACUUGGCCCGUUGGUUUCAAUUUUUUGCAUUUGACGUCAUUGGAGAAUUAACAUGGAGCAAGAGAUUAGGAUUCCUUGAGAAGAAUCAGGACAUUGAUGGUAUUAUCGCUUUUAUCUCCAAGUUCUUGGAUUAUGCUGGUCCAGUUGGACAGAUGCCAUUUUUGGACUAUUUAUUCGGAAAGAAUAUUGUUCAUAUGCAACUACAGCGCUGGGGGAUUUCCAAAGCUGUUUUUCCUGCGACCAAAUUUGCCCUUUCGCGCCAAGCAGAGCGGGACAAGCUUAUCGAAGCAGGAAUGCUGGGCAAUUUCCAUGCAGACCUACUAUCCAAGUUCAUGCAAGCACAGAAAGACCAUCCGGACAUAAUGACCGAUGAUUUGGUGCUGACAACAUGCUUAAGCAUGAUUCUGGCUGGCAGCGAGACAACUGCAAUCAGCCUGAGUGCUAUUUUUUACUACCUCCUAAAAAAUCCAUCCGCGUAUAAAAAGUUGAUGCAUGAGAUUGAUGAAGCAGUGAAAAGUGGACUAAUUGAUAGAGAAUCGCACGUCGUCUCUUGGAAAGCCAGUCAAAAAUUGGUGUACCUUGAUGCUGUUAUUCAGGAGGCUUUCCGCGUGCACCCAGCUGCUGGUCUCAUGCUUGAGCGCGUAACUCCGAAACAAGGUUUGGACGUGGUUAACCAGCGAAUUCCAGGUGGAAUUAUUGUGGGCUGUAAUGCAUGGGUUUUACAUAGGCGCCCUGAAAUAUUUGGUGAAGAUGUACACAUGUACAGACCAGAGAGAUGGAUUAAUGCCUCACCAGAGAAAUUAAAAGAAAUGAAAGCCACAAUGUUCCAAUUUGGUGCUGGGAGCAGGACAUGUAUUGGCAAAAACAUAAGUUUGCUGGAAAUUUAUAAGCUCGUACCAAGCUUGCUAAGGAGAUUUGAUAUUGAACUUGCGGAACCGGAUCAGGAAUGGAGUACAUUUAAUGCAUGGUUUCUUGAGUUGUAG